AUGACGACGCAGCCGCCAGCAUCCCCAGCAGUGCCUACGGCCGACAUUUGGGAUUUCCUCUUCGAGCGGCCAUCUCUCCCUUUUCCAGAAGAUCAUGUAAUCUUUCGCUCGGCCACCACGGACGAUAAAUGGACCUACAAUGGCCUCCGAAAAUGUGCAGAGCAAUUCGGGCGCACAUUACAAUCCAGUUGGCGAUGGGCCAAAGAUGAUGUCCUCAUGGUGAUGGCUCCAAAUGAUAUCGAUACCCCGCCUGUAAUUUGGGGAUGCCUUUAUGCUGGUGGUAUCGUGGCCCCCGUCAAUCCAGGUUUGUCCAUUCAGGACCUUCAUCAGCAAAUCGAACGUAGCGAGGCGCGUGGUCUCGUGGUUCAUCCAGAUUGUCUCCCCGUCGCCCUCGAGGCUGCUCAAAUUGCGAAUCUUCCACCAGAACGCAUCCUGGCCCUGCGCUUUGAUCGUGAUCUUCCGGUAAAUUAUGGUAUAUCUACCGUGGAACAAUUCAUCACGAACGGCCAGGUGCCUUCGGUUAUGGUACGUUAUCGUCCGAGAAUUGAUUCACAACGAGAUACAGCUUUCUUAGUCUACUCGUCUGGGACCACGGGUCUUCCAAAGGGGGUGAUGAUUUCGCAUCAAAACGUGGUCGCGGAUGUCUUUCUGCAAUCGCUUGUCGAAAGUGCCCAUAUAGACUGGCGUCAAGAUCGGACAUUAGCCGUGUUGCCCAUCUACCAUAUAUACGGCCUGGUCUGUCUCGUCCACGCCCCUCUCUAUGUCGGAACAACCACAAUCUACAUGGACAAAUUCGAACUUGCCAGAUUUUGCCGCUCGAUUCAAGAUUAUCGAAUAACACACGUCUAUGUUGCACCGCCAAUUGUUCUCCAUUUAACAAAAAGCGAUCAAGUUAGUGAUUACGAUUUAAGCUCGCUUCGCAUGAUCACAUCUGGUGGUGCGCCUCUCCCUGCGAAUCUCAUCACCGAGCUGUACGAGCGGCGGAAGCUUGCGGUUCGGCAAGCCUAUGGACUGUCAGAGACAACAUCAGUUACACAUAUUCAGCGUUGGGAUGACUGGAAGAACGGCAUUGGCUCAAACGGGCCGCCCCUUCCAGGAGUUGAAGCGAAAUUUGUUGCCAAAGAUACACGGGACGCUGCAAGUGGAGAGGAAGGUGAACUUUGGAUACGAGGCCAUAUUGUUUUCAACGGCUAUCGUGGAGAACCCGAGUUGACUGCAGGAUGUGAUAUUGGCCACGAAGACAAACAAGGAAACAUGUUCAUCACCGAUCGCUCCAAAGAUCUGAUCAAGUUCAAGGGAUAUCAAGUACCGCCUGCCGAGCUUGAAGAUCUAAUCAUUAAACACGAGGUAGUAGAAGACGUUGCUGUCAUUGGGAUUAUGAACGAAAGUCUCGCUAGUGAGAUACCAAUGGCCUAUAUCGUGGUCAAACCUGGGAUCCCGGAGGACGAAACGACAGCAAAGCUAGUGCUGGAUCAUGUCAAAAAUCAGACGGUGAACUACAAACAUCUCCGGGGAGGAAUUAUCUUUACCAGAGAGAUUCCAAAAGGUCCGUCUGGCAAGAUUUUGAAGCGGGUUCUUCGUCAGCAAGCGACAGCAGACGCUGUACGCCGAAUCGGGGCAAUGGAGUAUGGGAAAUACGGGCGGGAAGCCAAGCUAUAA